AUGGCAAACGCAGAUGAUACAUCUUUAAUAAAUAAUUCAGAAGCACAAGAAAAUAUUGAACCUACUGUUGGUAGAGAAAUGCUUAAUCGUUUUUGGACUGAAAUGUCAGAUGAAAUAAAAGCAUUGAAUGUCAUCGAAUUUCGUACUGCUGAAUUGCCAUUAGCUCGUAUUAAAAAAAUAAUGAAAUUAGAUGACGAUGUUAAAAUGAUUAGUGCUGAAGUGCCUGUAUUGUUUGCCAAAGCAGCUGAAUUAUUUAUCCAAGAAUUAACGUUACAUUCAUGGUUACAUACAGAAGAAAAUAAACGACGAACUCUUCAAAGAAGUGAUGUUGCCACAGCCAUCACUAAAAAUGAGCUUUUCGAUUUUUUAAUUGAUAUUGUUCCACGUGAAGAAACAAAACCAGAUAAAAAACAUGAUGCUGGAAAUGAAGUGCAAUAUUUUGUUACAUUACCAACAAAUUCUGCAGCUGGCAGUAUGAUACAACUACCAAAUGGACAAUAUAUUCAAAUACCGCAAACAACUUCAUCAAAUAUAGUGACAAUGACUAAUCCUCAACAACAACAACAACAGCAGCAACAACAACAACAACAACAAUAUACUGUUCUAUGUAUUUUUAUUGUAGAUUUAUUUUCAUACAUAAAAAUUAUUAUCAUGUCUCAAUCAGGUGAUAAUACAUUUAAUAAUUUGUCAAAUAAUUCUGAAACACCUGAGAACACUGAACCAAGUGUCGGUGCUGAAAUGCUUGAACGAUUUUGGCCUGGUAUUACUGAAGAAAUACAAGCAAUGAAUAUUAUCGAAUUUCGUACUGUUGAAUUACCAUUAGCUCGUAUUAAAAAAAUAAUGAAAUUAGAUGAAGAUGUUAAAAUGAUUAGUGCUGAAGUGCCUGUAUUAUUUGCUAAAGCAGCUGAAAUAUUCAUACACGAGUUAACAUUACGUGCAUGGCUUCAUACAGAAGAAAAUAAACGACGAACACUUCAAAGAAAUGAUGUAGCACAAGCCAUAUCAAAACAUGAACAAUUUGAUUUUUUAAUUGAUAUUGUUCCACGUGAAGAAAUUAAAGCAAGUAAAAAACAGAAGGAUUCGGUUGGUGAAAUACAAUAUUUUGUAACGCUUCCUCAAUCGACACAAGCAAGUGCUAUACAAUUACCAAAUGGUCAAUUUAUUCAAAUACCUCAAACAGCUUCAUCAAAUAUCGUCACACUUGGAAAUUCUCCUCAACAAUAUGCUAUUUUGUCCGGUGGCCAAUCCCAACCUCAAAUAAUUCAAGUCGCUUCACAAGGUUUAGAUAAUGUACAACAGCAGACAACAUCAAAUAAUAAUAUUCAAUUAGUUACAAAUGCCAAUAAUCAACAAUCAUUACAGCAACAGUCUCAACAACAAACAUCUGCCACUCCGACAGCAACAAUCAGAACACAACAACAGUCAGCAGCAAAUGUCAUUCCAACGACAAGUUCAUCUCAACCAACUUCUACACAUAUAACAAUAACAGCUGCACAGUUACAACAAAUACUAAACGCAUCGAGAAAUAAUAGCAAUAAUGCACAACUUGUUGUUCAGCAGUCAACUGAUACAGCAAACACACCAUCGUCAACUUCAUCUAUCCAUUAUUAUGUUAUUUACUUUAUAAUGAAUAUAUUCUAUCGGUUACAAUCAUUGAGAAUUUUGUUACCAUUUGUGAUACGUUCAUCCAAUCCUAGAAAACAACGAUUGAAUUUUAUACCUCAACUAACAGGAAUUCGAUGGCAUGGUGAAUAUGAAUAUCAAGAUCCUAAAUCAGAAAAAGAAAUAGUUAAUAUUAUUUUUAUUAAUAAAGAAGGUAUACGAAUACCUAUUCGUGGUAAAAUUGGCGAUAAUCUUCUUUAUCUUGGUCACCGUUAUGGCGUUGAUAUUGAAGGUGCAUGCGAAGCAUCAUUAGCUUGUUCAACCUGUCAUGUUUAUGUUAAAGAAGAAUAUUUAGAUGCACUUCCAGAACCAAAAGAAGAAGAAGAAGAUCAGCUCGAUUUAGCAGCGUUUCUUAAAGACAAUUCUAGAUUAGGCUGUCAGAUUAUUUUAACUAAAGAAUUAGAAGGUGCUGAAUUUACACUACCAGCUGCAACGCGAAACUACUAUGUUGAUGGACAUAAGCCGAAACCACAUUAA